GGGUCCAGGGGAUGUGCUUCAACCGCUGCUUAUUACUAUUAACGGAAGAGCGGAAACAUCGUUUCUCCGAGGACGCUCGCUGGCCGGCGGUGCGCGACGAUCAUGCGCCGCGAUCGGGUCGCCUGUGAAAGAAUUUCCUCUUUCUUGUUUCUUUGCCGCUCUGGAGGCGCGCGAAGCUCCCGCCGGGCUCAUGAUAAUUAUUGCUGCCAAUGAGUAUUUUCCACAUGAUUUCCUCCGCACCCUCAGCCGGUAACCUUCACUCCGGCCGCGCUGCUAGAGAGAGGACCGCGGCGACGGGCGGGCAUUUAAAGUAAGAGCGCCGCCUUUCCCCUUAGUUACUCUCCUUGUUCCGAAGCAGUGAUUUCGCGGGCUGGUGCCACUAAGGGAGGUGCUGCCCUGUCCGCCCUGCGCUCCGGAUCGAUUCGCGCCCACCGGGGACGAUCUUCCCGACGCCGGUGAGUGGGUUCGCUCCGACCCGUCCCGCCCGCUGCGGGGCUCCGUGCGCGGCCCCGAUUUGCGGCUUUCUCCGCGUGAUCGCGCACUCGCGGUGUCCGGCAGCACUUAUUAUUAAUACGGGACCCUCAGCGCAGCCUGCCGUCCGCACGCGUCCGUGGUGGUCUCUCUAGUCCCGCACUGCUGUCCACCGAACAGUAACGUUAGACUUUUAGAGCCCGUUUGCUGCGGUACCUGAGGGUGUCGUUUAACCAGGGCUGCACGUUUUCCGCGGGAGCCUCAUCUAAAUCCCUAUUUUAACGUGAUACACUGUGACCGGACGCGCAGAAUAAAACCGUGCUUGAUGUUCCCCUCACUCGCCCUUGGCGUGAUACACUUUUAAUUGUAAACUUAGUUAGUCCAUGCACGUUACGUUACAUGCAGACCUAGUAAUGCAGAACAUCAUGUCAAAUGUUAAAUAUUACUGUGCCCGGGAAGGUCAUCGUGACACUGUGUCCUGUAAAAAAAAAAUUAUUCGAACAGCCUGUUCCGUGAUUUUUGCCCCACGUGAGUCUAAAGUUAGGUUGCCCUUAACACAGAGACCAGGAAUAGUGUGAGGUCCACCAUCUAUUGUGGGCACUCUUCCACCUGGGCCUUUCUCUGGCACAUGGCUUGUCUUUAAAAGACAAGUAUGCUUCUUUGAACGCGCACAGGAACUAGUACACCUGAACAUAUGGCAGUUUUUGCCAGCUGUUUGUAUCUACUGUUCCGAAUCAUCGUAAAUGCUGCUGUUUCUUUAGAGGUCCCGGACGGAGAUCUCUAGAUGAAUGAUUUUUUAUUUUUUUUUCCGCUCGCUCAAAUUCACUGGACUCUGAGCUGAGAACUGCCAUUGGGAAAUCAUUCUCCUGAAAAGGGUGUAAUCCAGUUUUGCAAUUACCCCUCGGAAAGGGUCAGAGCUCUGCCGUAAGGCGGUGUUCCCGGGAGUGCGUGUCGGGGUUAGAUCUGCCCGGUGUGGUGAGCGAUCUCACUAAGAAGUCGAAAGCCAGUUUUUAGACUGACCUUUAAAGGGGUUCAAAGGGCACCAAAGCUGCGUUCACAUUAAAGGGGUCUAGACUGAACGUGUUUGUUCAUAUCUAUCCUGUCUGGAUCCCGUACGUGACCAGAUCUUUAAAGAGUCUUCCUCGCUUAACUCGGAGAAAGCAGUCAAAAGGCACUACGUCCAAAACGUGCCGCACAUCACUACCAGGAGAACGGUUAAAAAGUCCCUGGAACCGUCGAGGCCCAGCUCCAGUUAAAACUGCUGCCGCUGUCGAUGUGGACUGGAAGCUUUUCGUUUUUGAUUAAAAUCUGACUCGGCGGUCAUUCGUGGAGAUUCGAUGUCUCGAAGCGGGAAAGUUUUCUGAUGGAGGGUCUAUGCUGAAAUCCACAGAGACACUUCGGAGGCUCAACAGACAGAGAGCAGCGACCAUGUGUUCCCGAGACCGGCGCGCCGAUAUUCGCAUCAAGGCCGAACCCAGCAGUCCGGAGGGAGGCAGAGACGGGCGAACCAGCCCCGGGGGGGCGUCUUCGGACUCGUCCCACAGCGUCGCGGGGGUCAACGGAGGCAGGGGCGGAGGACGCUUUUCCCCGCCUCUCUGCACGCCGCCGCUGCGCUGCCCUUUCAAGGAGGAAGCUGAUGGAGAGGAGGGGUCCGCAGGGAGCGGCGGCGGCGGGCGAUACAAGUACGCCCUUAGCACGCUCCCCAAGCGCCUGUGUCUGGUGUGCGGGGACGUGGCGUCAGGGUACCACUACGGCGUGGCCUCCUGCGAGGCCUGCAAGGCCUUCUUCAAGAGGACCAUUCAGGGGAACAUCGAGUACAGCUGCCCGGCGUCCAACGAGUGCGAAAUCACCAAGCGCCGCAGGAAGGCCUGCCAAGCUUGUCGCUUCACCAAGUGCCUCAGAGUGGGCAUGCUCAAAGAGGGAGUUCGUCUGGACCGAGUGAGAGGAGGACGACAGAAGUACAAGAGACGACCCGAGGUGGACGCCGCCACGUACCGGAGUCCUCCCAGUAUGCCUUCGGGAAAGGAAGCCGAUAAAGGCUCCUCCAACGUCAUCGUAUCCCAUCUCCUGGUGGCCGAGCCGGAGAAGCUGUUUGCCAUGCCGGACCCCCUGCAGCCAGACGCCACCCUGCGCACCCUCACUACCCUGUGCGACCUGGCCGACCGCGAACUCGUCGUCAUCAUCGGCUGGGCCAAACACAUACCCGGCUUCCUGUCCCUGUCUCUGGCAGACCAGAUGUCAGUGCUGCAGUCGGUGUGGCUGGAGGUGCUUGUGCUCGGCGUGGCCUUCCGCUCUCUGGGCUGCGAGGACGAGGUGGUGUUCGCCGAGGACUUCGUUCUCGACGAGGAGCUGUCCCGCGUCGCCGGGCUCGGCGAGCUAAGCGCUGCCGUCGGCCAGCUGGCCCGCCGAUACCGCGCCCUUCAGCUGGACCGCGAGGAGUUUGUCAUGCUCAAGGCCAUUGCGCUCACCAACUCUGACUCCGUGUACAUUGAGGACACGGAGGCGGUGCAGAAGCUACGAGACCUCCUUCACCAGGCCCUGCUGGAGCUGGAGAGCCAACGUCGGCCGGAGGACCCCCGGAGGGCGGGCCGGCUCCUGCUCACCCUACCCCUGCUCAGGCAGACCGCCGGUCGCGCCCUCGCCACCUUCUACGGCAUCAAGACACGCGGUGGCGUGCCCAUGCACAAACUCUUUCUGGAGAUGCUGGAGGCCAUGAUGGACUCGCCGUAGAGCGGAGAGCCCGGGAAGGGAGGGCUCGAUCGGAAAGAGGAAGUGAAACGGCGAGACGACCGAGGUAAAUGUAGGUAAAAGUAAACGGUGUAGUUUGAGAGCCACCCGAAGGACCGCGCACCCUGCAGGCACCCGCUUCGGGGUUCCGGAGGAGGUGCUGCCAGAUAAAUUGCUGCAGAGGCGAAUUCUGCAUUUGAGCGGGGCGCUUCCGAGCGGCCGGGCGGCCCGAUGCGAUGGAGCGCAAAGGAGGGAAGAAAACGACGCGCCGCCAGCCUCGUCUGCGCGAAAGAACGACGCCCCGCGCGGGUCCGCGUGCGCGCCUCAACGUUGGCCGCGCGUCGCUUCCGCGAAUGAAUUCACGCGGCUGAGUUCCAGCACGCGUACAGAUUUAGCUGUAUAUUUAUGCCAUGUGUAAUAUAAUAUUUGCAUUUGAAAUAAUGCAUAUUUCUCCCCCAUAUCCAUAAAUGCUUAUUCAUUAUCUUCGUGGCUAAAUUACAUUUUAGCGACUGAAAGGAACCAACUAAUGGAUUGUGAAGCUUUCCGUUUGUACGAAGGGGUGGUCGUGGGUAGCAGUGCUGAAACUAAUAAACAUAUUGAACAUAUGACUGCAUUAAUAUAAUAGCGUAUGGGAAUAUGCAGUGCUGCUAGAAGGCAUGUGAACCCUACAGGGAUGGUCUUUAUUGAAUAAAAUAUUCAGCUUAUAAAAUCUAAAUUUUAAAUCUUAAACUUAUGAAAUGAUUUAAUGAUUCCGAUUCACACACCUGAUUAUAUUUACCUGCUUGGUUUAUCCAGUGCAACUUGGGCUUCGCUUAUUCUUACACCCGCACUUCUUUUGUGUUCCUACUACACGCACGAUUUCCUCUCAACUAACAUAUGGAGUUGGUCGUUACACAUCUAUCACGUCACUUGACAAAGGGUGCUUCUCAUUAAAUAACCAUUUUGUGGUAAAAGUAAGGGACACAAAGGGUUCACAUACUUUCGGGCAGCGCUGUAUUACUGUAAAGGGUUAUUACGCUCUUUCAAUAAUGACUCAUCGACCAUUUUGAACAAAAUGUUAUUAAUGGAGGGGUGCGGUGGCAUGCCGGCCUUGACCGGGUCCUGCUCUCCGGUGGG